AUGACAACCUCAUUACAGAGUUUCCCCGCAUGGUUCGCUCGCGGCGGAACAUCAAAUGGUCUAGUCAUACAUCGAAAGGACUUGCCUCCUGAAUCACAAUGGAGUCAAGUACUCCCCUCUGCAAUGGGCUCACCUGACCCGUACGGGCGUCAACUUGAUGGCAUGGGUUCCGGAAUAUCGUCCACUUCAAAGGUUGUCAUUCUUGGGCCACCUUCUCGAGACGAUGUUGACGUUGACUUCACUUUCGUUCAAGUCGGAAUUCAAGACGGCAGUCUAGAUAUGGCUGGUAAUUGUGGGAAUAUGUCUUCCCUGGUCGGCCCUGCAGCCUGGGACAGUGGCUUGAUAUCAUCAGAGGAUAUGGAUGUUGAGACAGACCAAGAUGGGAUGCAAUGGGCUACUGUGAGGUUCCUCAAUACUAAUACUGACAAGGUCAUGUCCUCCAAGUUCCGGGUUGAAGGUGAGCCCUUGCUUUAUACGCACAAAGGAGACUAUACCAUGGAUGGUGUCCCAGGCACAGGCUCAAAGGUCAUCAUGAGCUUCCUCGACCCUGCUGGAGCAAAGACAGGGAAAGCCCUCCCUACAGGAAACACUGUCGACACUCUCAGGUUGAGUGAUGGGACUACGGUCAAGGCAUCUCUGGUUGAUGUUGGAAAUCCUGGCGUCUUUAUUAGCACCGAGAGUCUGGGACUGGCUGAUCAUCUAUCCCUCACACCAGCUCAGGUUGAAUCGAACCCCCAACUCAAGGAAAAACUGGAAGAAAUACGGCAAGCAGGUGCCAGUCGCAUGGGUCUUGAUCCCAGAAUCAUGAGCGUGCCCAAGAUUGUUCUGUUGUUCCCCUCGAGCGGCUCAUCAAAGGUCGAUAUCCGAUGCCUCGCCCUGUCGAUGGGCCAAGCACAUAAAGCCGUGCCAUUGACUCUCGCGCUUUGCCUUGGAGCUGCUUCUCAGCUCAAAGGUACAAUUGCGUCUGAGAUUGUAGGGGGAAAGCUCAAGAAUACGGUCACUAUUGGGCAUCCUAGUGGGAGGGUUGAUAUUGGUACAGUAAUUCGGGAUGCCCAAGGUUACGAAAUGGCUGAUCCCAUCACCUCUGUGCCCGAGCCUGGGCAUCCAUACUUCCCUCUGGAUGCUGUGAUCCCGGACUAUCUACCAAACACCACUGGAGUAUUCGAACUGAUAGCUACUUUUGGGGCCAUCGUCAGUGCUGUUAUCGGACUUGCCGUGUGGCAGGCGACUCGUACUCGAAAGCCAGUACGCCCUAUUGAUCAAUUUGCUGUUGGAUGGUUUGCCUUGUGCGGUUUCUUGCAUGUGGCUUUUGAAGGGUACUAUCUCGUAUAUCGCCAUCAACUUCCUAGCAUGUCAACACUCUUUGCACAGCUAUGGAAAGAAUACACGCUUUCUGACUCUCGCUACCUGACCCAUGACAUAUUUACAGUCAGCGUAGAAACCAUUACAUGUCUCGCCUGGGGUCCCCUCUCUCUGCUCACGGUAUUUGGCAUCCUCAGAGACUGGCACAGCCGCCAUGUAGUGCAGGUUAUUGUGUGCACGGCGCAUGUAUACGGUGUAGCCCUUUAUUACUUGACCAACUGGAACGAGUCGAGAGUGCAUGGCGUGGCGUAUAGUCGCCCCGAGGCGCUGUACUUUUGGGUUUAUUACGUGGGCUUCAACCUGCCCUGGGCCAUUGUGCCUCUCGUGUUGUUGCGUGAUAGUUGGUCUCAGGUCUCCAAGGCUUUUGCCGCCCUGGAAGAGAAGAAGAGAGGAUGA